AGAGCACUUUGCAUUCAAACGCGCGGACGAAAACGCGGGACUCAGACUCGGAGUCGACUUAAGCCGACAUUAAUGUGUAUUUGAAUGUGGCUUCUGGUGCUGGUGCUGGUUUAAUCGGUUUGCUUGACUGAUGCCCGGUGACACGUCGUCCACAUUAUCAUUAGCGUCUGGGCCUUGACUCAGUCAGCCCCAUGCGGAUGAUCGCAAUUUACUGAUUUCGCGACCAACGCCGCUGCUUACUGCUGCUGCCUGCUGUCGCUACUAUCAUCAACGAGAGUGCUCUUUGCUCUGCGUUCUGCGAUCUGGUAUGGUCUGGUGUGGCACGGUGUGCUGUGGCUGCGUCUGUCUUUCAGCUAAUGAAGACGGACAGACAAAUUAGUUAUGGUCUUAUGAUAAAUUAGCCCGAUCCAAUUGCCUGCAGUCAGACUGGACAGUGGACAGGUCGUCGAAUUAGUGACAACAGCAGAGAUCCGGCAACGCUAACGACGCGAAGACAACAACAACUUACCAACGAGGCAGCCAGAUCUGCAGAGGGGGCAUUAAAUGUGAUUAAAUUAAAUGCACAUUUUUGCAUUUCUUUGUGUGAGUAUAGGGGGAGUUGUUUGUGUGUGUGUGUGUGGGUUCCUAUUGCAGUUUGUCUGUGCCGCUCCGAUAAGGUUAUGUUUGCAUGCGUAGAGUGAGGUUAGAUAAGAUUUUCGGACAUGCGGAUAACGGUGGGUAGGGCCAGGUAGCUCAGGGCUGUUGCGGUUUGUUAUAUUUACGCUCAUUUGGUUGGAUAUUUGGCUACGAUAAACUCUUAGAACUGCCAGCAACCUUGAACACGUGAUUUCCUAUACCACACACACAAAACAAACUGUAUUUAGAUUACCCAACUCAGUGGCAAGUUUAAAUGUUAGUAAAUCAGGUCAGCCAACCCUACACAACGGACGACGACCCACUGACUCACUGACUGACUGACAGUUGGGGGCAGAGUUUCGGCAAAAGUUUAAUUAGAUCUGCAUACGGAAUGAAAGGUCCCGGUCCCGCACAUGUUCAUGUACCGAAAAAGCAGGUUAACGAACUGUCAGAAUGGAGCUCCGGUUGCAGUCGUGUGUCUACUGCUGAAAGGAUGCGCUGGCGCUGGCUCUGGCUUUGGCUCCUGGGACUGGCGACACUGACUGCGAGCUGCACAGGAUUAUCGAGCAACCUGCCACUGGAUGGCUAUCUGGCUGGUCUCAAGGAGCUGCUGCAAAAGAUUCUGUGGACGGCAAACGUCAAGCGUUGCUUCGCUGUCAUCACCGAUGACCUGCACUAUCCCAUCUACGAUCGGAGCUUCUUCGAGUCGGUGGGUCGCCAGCUGGUGCCGUUCUAUGUGGUGCGCGUGACUGACAGCGAGGAUCUCCGCCGACUGCCCGGCGAUGUGGAGCUCGUGCUGCGUGCCAUCAAGGCCAGGGACUGCGAACUGCACGUGAUCACCAUCCUCAAUGGCUGGCAGGUGCAGGGUCUGCUCAAGUUCGUCUAUGAGAACAGAGCGCUGAAUAUGCAGCGAAAGUUUCUGCUGCUGCACGACGCGCGGCUGUUCUCGCCGGACAUGCUGCACCUGUGGAGCGUCUAUGUGGGCAGCGUGUUCCUCAAGCGGCAGUUGGAUAACAGUUUUCAAAUUUCCACUGUGGCCUUUCCGGGCAUUUUGAGCGGCGUUUUGGUGCUUAAAAAUCUCGCCACUUGGCAGCGCGGCAAAACCAUCCAUGAAAGGUUACUGUUCCUGGACAAUACAAGCGAUCUAAAGGGCGCCUCACUGCCCGUGGCUGUGGUCGAGCAUGUGCCCAUGGUGCAGUGGUCCAACACAACAAACAGCUACCAGGGCGUCGAAGUGGACAUUAUGAAUGCUUUGGGCCAGGCACUCAACUUUCAGCCGAACUACUAUGAGCCAAAUGAGAGCGAGGACACGGAUUGGGAGCAGAAUGACGCUGAAGAUGUGCAAAACAAGACCCACAUAGACUCCAAGCUCAUAGCGGAAGUGGCCAUGCACGGCGCUCGUUUUGCCAUUGGCGAUCUGCACCUGUUUCAGGUUUAUCUGCGUCUGGUGGAGCUCAGUUUGCCGCAUAAUUUCGAGUGCCUGACCUUCCUCACGCCCGAGUCUUCGACAAACAACUCCUGGCAGACGUUCAUCCUGCCCUUUAGCGCUGGCAUGUGGGCUGGUGUGCUGCUCUCCCUGUUCGUCGUGGGCAGCGUCUUCUAUGCCAUUAGCUUCCUGAAUGCCAUUCUCACUGGCAGCGGCCAUGAUGCUGGCUUCUGCCGCUGCUGUCGCAGGCAUCCAAGCCGUGGCGAGCCUCCAGACCCGAGCCACUAUCGCCGGCUGAGCUUCCGCGUGGCCCUGAGCCGCUAUCGUCCGCCGCUGGGCGCUGGCAAGCAUCGCGAUCUCUUUGAUGAUUAUGCCACGUGCAUUCUGCUCACCUACAGCAUGCUGUUGUACGUGGCGCUGCCACGCAUGCCACGCAACUGGCCGCUGCGUGUGCUCACCGGUUGGUACUGGAUUUAUUGCAUACUGCUGGUGGCCACAUACCGCGCUAGCUUUACGGCCAUAUUGGCCAAUCCGGCAGCGAGGGUCACCAUCGACACGCUGGAGGAUCUGCUGCGUUCGGGCAUACCGCUCACAGCUGGCGCAGCCGAGAACAGGCAAUUCUUUCUGGAUGCCGUCGAUGAGGUGGCACAGAAAGUGGGCGCCAAAAUGGAUGUACUCGGACACAAUGAAGAGCUGACCGCGCGCAUUGCCAAGGGACAGUGCGCCUACUACGAUAAUGAGUUCUAUCUGCGUUACAUGCGCGUGGCGGAUGAGGCUGGUGGCGUGGGCUCCGCGCUGCACAUCAUGCGGGAUUGCAUUGUGCACAUGCCCGUCGUGCUGGCCAUGGAGAAGAACUCGGCGCUGAAGCAGCGCGUGGAUAGCACCUUGCAGCACAUGACAGAGGGUGGUUUGAUAGCCAAAUGGCUAAAGGAUGCUGUGAAACGACUGCCUGCGGAGGCGCCUGCCCAACAGGAAGCGCUCAUGAAUCUCACCAAAUUCUGGAGCUCCUUUGUGGCCCUAGGCAUUGGCUAUGUGGCCUCGAUUCUGGCUCUUUUGGUGGAGCAUUGGCACUUCAGGCACAUCGUUAUGAGGCAUCCCAUGUAUGAUGUGCUCAAUCCCAGCUUGUACUAUAACUUCAAGCGCCUCUAUCCGGAUUAGGGCAACAUUUUUGGAAUGCACUAUAAAUUAAGGCAAGCACCAGCACCCCGUCCACCCCAUAAAGGAAUGAUUUACAGACAUCCAAUCCACUUACGCAAUGCUUAUAAUUACCCGCGGCAGAGGACAAAUGUUUUCGUGGGGUACUCGAAAAAGCUGAAAAGCGUCUUCAUUGACGCACCACGAGCAAAUGGCAAGCGGCCGGAGAUGUGAUGCCAUUUAUCAUGACGUUGCCCAAGUGGCCUCAAGUAGCCCCCCGCCCCCGAAAGCAAUGUGGUGAACAAAUUCCAAGAGCCUUUUCGGUUGUGCCUUCAAUCAACUUAUGUGGUAAAUAAUGAUUUGCAUUGUUUACGAGUUUAAUGCACAUUAGGCAUUAUUUGUUUAUGGCCAUCGAAUCCAUCGAUUCGACACAAAUCCUGAGAUUCUCGUGCAGCAAUCGGAUGCUAAAUGCUAAAAGCCCAUAAAUAAAAUGAUUUUAAGUGGCGAACUAAGACAAAGACCCCAACACACAUUUCUACACACCAAACACAGAAAUGAUUCCCCUUCAGAACUGUGUGGAGAUAUCGUCGGAGAGUGGCUGGGGAGCACUUCAUAAUUCGGAAUCAGCAGCGGAA